CGAGAUAACUCUCACAAGUGUAAAUAAAAAAUGGAGUCUCAAGAAGAAAACGUGGAAAUGGAACAAGAUAAUAUUAAAGAAAUAAAAUCAUUACCACCAAAGCCCAAGAAAAAAACGGUCGAACCAGGAGUUAUAUAUUUAAGCAGAAUACCGAAUGGAAUGACCGUGAGGUCGUUUAAAGAAAUUUUAGGACGAUAUGGAACCAUAACUCACUGCUAUUUACAGCCUGACGAGAAGACAGUUACUAAAAAAGGAAGAAAAUAUUCUGAAGGAUGGAUAGAAUAUUCAGACAAAAAAAUUUCAAAACGUGUAGCAUUAUCAUUGAACUGUCAAAGGGUUGGAAUCAAAAAAAGAAGUAAAUGGUACGAUGAACUUUGGAAUAUGAAAUACUUGUCAAAUUUUAAAUGGUUUCAUUUAACAGAACGAUUAGAAUACGAACGUGCACUUCGUGAACAGAAACUACGCAAGGAAGUGACUCAAGCCAAAAAAGAGACAAGCUUUCAUAUACAAAAUAUUGGAAAAAGUAAAAAGAUGAGAAAAAUGGAAAAAAAGAAAAAAGAAAAACCUGAAGAAUUUAAAGAUGACCAGAAACCUGAUAGAAUAUUUUCCUAUAAACUUAAAGAUACCGAGAAUGAAAUUUUAGCCCGGAAAACAUCAGGAAACAUAAAUAAAAACAGUGAUUCUCUUAAAUCUUUCAACCCCGAUAAUUAUGUGAAUCCUAAAUCGGUGAAAGCAAACACUUCAUUCUUAAAAAAUAUAUUUUCUGGUGGUUUGUGAAGUGAAUCAUGUAUGUGUAUAACUACACAGAAAUUUUUCAAAAACAAAGUUGUUCUAUAUUAAAGGAGCUAAAUCGCUAUUCUUUGGCACCUAGAAAUGGACAGAAAUGGGUCGCAACGCAUAUAAUAAUGUAAUAUUAUAUAAAUGUAUAUGAACUGAUUUACAUUCAA